AGGCGGCGCCGGCCAAGCCUCCUCCCAUGGUGCCGCCGGUGCCUGCACCCACCAUGUCACCCAUGGAGGCAGCGAAGGAAGAGAGGAAAAAACCCGUGCAGCCGAAGAAGCCCACGGUAAAGAACGAUGCUCCAGGGCCCAUGCAGGUAGCUCCGGGGCCUGUGCCCAAAGAGGCGCCGCCGCUCAUUGCCUCAUCCACCGAGUUCCCCACCUUGGGUGGAGGUUCUGAGGAGCACGUGGUCAUGGCGCCGGCGGAGAGCUCUGCGGGCGGCUUCUGGGAGCGUCCCAUGCGCCCCGUGAAGGUCGGCGGCGAUCCGCCCAUCGCCCCGGGGAGGUCGACGGAUCCGAAAGCCAAGGCUGCACAAAAGCAGCAGCAGAAGGCGAAGGAUGAGGAAAAGAGUGAGUUGCGUCGGGCACAGGUGAAGGAACUGCUGACGGAGUAUGGCAUCACUCUGGAGGAGCCGAUGGUCAACUUCGUCAUGUCCGUGAACGGCUCUUCAGAGGUUGCCGACUAUUUGGAGGCUCUGAAGGUCACGGAUGCGGAGAACGCGCGGCGCUUCGGGGAGGCCUUCUUGGCCAAGGGCCUGGUGGAGAAGGUGGAGAAAACCAAGGAGGCGCCUCCAAAGCGGAAACACCGGAUCAAGGGGAAGGAGGUGGACCCAUCCAUGCUGGGAUUCACUGCUGUGCCACGUGGUCACUAUGAAAGCUGAGGGGUGGAAACAUGGGCUGCUCUGGGUCACAACUUCCCCCGGGAGCCAGGCACCCAAGUCGCGUCG